AUGUUGGAAGAGAAAGGAUCACUGACCGCCUGCUGUCACCAGGUCAAACGCCUGAUUAGCAAAAGGGACAACAGGCUGAAGGAGAACAAGGAAAAAGCAGAUCUAGGUCAGAAAAAGAAGGCGGCCUCGGCGAACAACGAGCUCGUACGAGAAAUACCACAAGCGCCGAGCUCCAUGUUCUUCCAACACAACACUGCCCUUGUGCCUCCUUACCAGGUUUUAGUCGAUACCAACUUCUUAUCUCAUUCAGUGGCGGCGAAGCUUGAGCUUCUCGAGACAAUGAUGACUUGCCUUUACGCGAAGUGCAAUGCCAUCAUUACCGAUUGUGUCAUGGCAGAGUUAGAGAAGCUGGGACCAAAAUACCGGAUAGCGCUUCGAAUUGCGAGGGACGAGCGUUUGACAAGGCUGAAGUGCGACCACAAGGGCACAUAUGCAGAUGACUGUAUCGUCGACCGGAUUCAGAAGCACAGAAUUUACAUUGUCGCAACCAAUGACAAGGAUUUGAAACGGAGGAUACGGAAGGUGGGUGUUCCCCUGGACUAA